AUGAAGGCAUUUGCGGCAACUUUGGUGGUAAGCACAGCCCUCGCUGCUGUGCCGCCACAGCAGCCACUUCAAAUACAGACAGAAGACUCUGUCUGGGCCAAACCACUCCAAGGCUUUAAGGAAAGUCUGAAGAAUCUAGGCGCUGAAGCAAAGCAUGCAUGGAACGAAUUGGCUUCGGCGUAUCCAGACGCAGUUGAUGAUUUCACCCUCUUGUCUCUGCCGAAGAAACACACCCGCCGACCAGAUGCUCAUUGGGACCACAUUGUGCGAGGAUCGGAUGUCCAGGGCAUCUGGAUAGAAGGCACCGAUGGCCAGAAACAACGAGAACUCGAUGGGAAGCUGGAAAACUACGAUCUCCGAACGAAGGCUGUUGAUCCCUCAAAGCUUGGAAUCGAUCCGGGCGUCAAACAGUACAGUGGCUAUCUUGAUGAUAAGGAAACCGACAAACAUUUAUUCUACUGGUUUUUUGAGUCUCGAAACGAUCCCAAAAAUGACCCUGUGGUAUUGUGGUUAAACGGAGGCCCAGGCUGCUCAUCCUUAACCGGUCUAUUUUUGGAGCUCGGCCCCGCAAGCAUUGACAAGAACCUGAAAGUUGUACACAACCCCUACUCAUGGAAUUCCAAUGCAUCUGUUAUCUUUUUGGAUCAACCCGUGAAUGUCGGUUUCUCUUACAGCGACAACGCUGUCAGCGACACUAUUGCUGCCGGAAAAGAUGUCUACGCCCUGCUUACCCUUUUCUUCAAACAAUUUCCACAGUAUGCCAAGCAAGAUUUCCACAUUGCGGGCGAAUCUUAUGCGGGACAUUACAUUCCAGUCUUCGCCUCAGAGAUCCUCUCCCAUAAGAAGCGUAAUAUCAACCUUCAAUCUGUGCUCAUUGGAAAUGGUCUAACCGACCCCCUUACUCAAUACCCACACUACCGACCCAUGGCAUGCGGCGCCGGUGGCUAUCCUGCUGUCUUGGAUAAGGCUAGCUGCCGCUCCAUGGACAACGCUCUUCCUCGCUGUUUAUCUAUGAUCGAAUCUUGCUAUAGCAGCGAGAGUGCGUGGGUUUGCGUUCCCGCUUCAAUUUACUGCAACAAUGCUAUGAUUGGCCCUUACCAACGCACAGGACAGAAUGUCUACGAUGUCCGUAGCAAGUGCGAAGACAGCGGCUCCCUCUGUUAUACCCAGCUUAACUGGAUUACCAAAUGGCUAAAUCGGCAAUCCGUCAUGGAUGCAUUGGGUGUGGAAGUCAGCAGUUACGACUCUUGCAACAUGGAUAUCAAUCGUAACUUCCUUUUCCAUGGCGAUUGGAUGAAGCCUUUCCACCGUCUUGUUCCAGGAUUGAUUGAAAAAAUUCGUGUUCUUAUCUACGCUGGCGAUGCUGAUUUUAUCUGCAACUGGCUUGGUAACCAAGCCUGGUCUGACGCCCUUGAAUGGAACGGUCAUAAAGAAUUUGCCGGUGCCGAGAUGAAGAACCUGACUGUUGUCGAAAACAAGAGUAAAGGCAAGAACAUUGGCCAAGUCAAAUCGCACGGCAACUUCACGUUUAUGCGUCUCUUUGGUGGCGGCCAUAUGGUUCCGCUUGAUCAACCUGAAGCAAGUCUCGAAUUCUUCAACCGCUGGCUGGGAGGAGAGUGGGGGGCUUGA